GGACGAAUUACCAAAGUGCUGAAUAUGAAACCAGCAGAGAUUUUAGCUAUGAUUGAAGAAGCUGCUGGCACUAGAAUGUACGAAUGCAAGAAAAUAAACGCUCAGAAAACCAUAGAGAAAAAGGAAGCCAAACUGAAAGAAAUUCAAAGGGUCUUAGAGGAGGAGAUCACUCCAACUUUACAGAAGCUGAAAGAGGAACGAUCAUCCUAUCUAGAGUACCAAAAAGUAACACGAGCAAUAGAGCACUUAAGCCGACUGUAUGUUGCUUAUGAGUUUGUUCUGGCUGAAGAGACAAAGGCGCGCUCCUCUGAUGCAUCAAAGGACAUGACGGCUAGUGUAGAAAAGGUUCAGAAAUCAAUAGCAGAGAGUGAAACUAAAGUGAGACAACUUAAUGAAGAAAUAGCAGAACUUGAGAAGAAAAGGGACGAGGAAUUUGGAGGUACUCUUCGUUCAUUAGAACAUGCCCUUUCAGAAGUUCAGAGAGUUGCUACUAGAGCACAAAGUGGUCUUGAUCUCAAGAAGCAAAACUUAAAAAGUGAAGAAAAUAAACGUGAAGAACUGUUAAAAAGCAUGGAGGAGGAUUCUAAAGCAUUAAUAUCAAAGGAGAAAGAACUAAAGAAAAUGCAGGAAGGACUAAGUGCUUUACAGGAAGCAAGUGAAAAAGAUGCAGUUGAUUUAGCUGUAGCACAAAAACAUUUUAAUGCUGUGUCUGCGGGCCUGUCCAGCAAUGGUGAUGGUGAAGAAGCUACUCUCGCUGAACAAAUGAUCAUGUGCAAAAAUGAAAUCAGCAAAUUGGUAACAGAAGCCAAACAGGCUGAAAUGAAGUUGAAAUAUACACAAAAAGAAUUAAAGACAAAACAAGCUGAAGUGAAAAAGAUGGAUGAGGGCUACAAGAAAGAUCGAGAAGCAUUUGAAACUGUAAGAAAAAUGAAAGAAAAUCUUGAAAAUGAAAUGAAGAGGCUGAACUAUGAAGACAUGAAAGAAGAAACACUCUCAGCAAAAAAGAAGGAAUUGACUCGUGAUAUCACUCGGCUGAGAGAAUUAUAUGAAAGCUUAAUGACAAGGUUCCCCAGUCUAAAUUUUGAAUACAGGGAUCCAGAAAAAUACUGGGAUCGAACCCUUGUGAAAGGCCUUGUUGCAUCCCUUAUCAUUGUGAAAGACAUAUCCACAGCAAAAGCCCUAGAAGUGGUGGCUGGAGGAAAACUCUAUAACAUUGUUGUGGACACAGAGGCUACUGGUAAAAAACUUUUGGAAAAUGGUGGACUAAAGAGGCGAUACACUGUCAUUCCACUAAACAGAAUUUCAGCCAGGUGUAUUGCACAAAAAACUAUCCAACUGGCUAAAAAUUUGGUUGGCAAUGAUAACUUGCAUUUGGCUCUUUGUCUUAUUGAGUAUGAACCUGAACUGCAGAAGGCCAUGGAAUAUGUGUUCGGAACAACAUUUGUCUGUGACAGCAUGAAUAACGCCAAGAGAGUGACCUUUGACAAAAGAAUAAUGAUAAAAAGUGUUACGCUUGAUGGAGAAACUUUUGACCCCCAGGGCACUCUAAGUGGAGGUUCAAGCUCAGGGGCUGCACCAAUAUUGUCUAAAGUUCAAGAAAUUAAAGAAGUUCAAAAAGAACUCAGAGAAAAGGAAUUUGAACUUAAAACUGUAGAAAAUGAGCUGAUAAAUUUAAAGAAUGUUGCUGAAAAGUACCGACAACUGAAGCAGCAGUGGGAGAUGAAGUGUGAAGAAGCAGAACUACUGCAAGCCAAGCUUCAGCAGAGUGCUUACCACAAACAAGAGGAAGAACUGAAUGCCCUGAGGAAAACCAUUGAGCAGUGUGAAGAAACUUUACUGAAAACUAAAGAGAGUCAAAAAAUAGCAAAAGGAAAAUACAAGGUAUUGGAGGACAAAAUGAAAAAUGCAGGAGCAGAGCGGGAAAAAGAACUAAAGGAUGCCCAGCAGAAACUAGAUGACAUAAAGAAAAAAGCAGAUGCUUCAAGCGCAAGAAUGAAAGAAAAGCAGCAGGAAGUUGAUGCAUUAGUUCUGGAACUUGAAGAGUUAAAACGAGAACAUUGCUCCUAUAAACAACAGAUGGAGGCUACAGAUGAAGCUAUCAAGUCCUUCCAGGAACAGGUUAAUGCUAUGGCAGCUGAGCUGUCCAAGAACAAGGAGUCUGUAGAGAAAGCCCAGAAGGAGCUGGCCAAGCAGAAGGAAACCAUUGCUGUACAGGAUCAAGAGAUAAAAGACAAGUAUGAAGAGAUGGCAACAUACAGAGAACAGAGCAAAGAAUUGCAGCUGAAGGUUAAAGAGUUAGAACACAACAUUAGCAAACACAAGCAAGAAGCCACUGAAGCUGCUGCUAAGGUGGCCCAAAUGUUGAAGGAAUAUGAAUGGAUAGCUUCAGAGAAGGCGCUCUUUGGUCAGCCACAAACAGCCUACGACUUCAAAAACAACAAUCCAGAAGAAGCUGGUCAGAAGCUGCAGAAAUUGCGGGAGAAGAAAGAGAAGCUGGGACGAAAUGUGAACAUGAGAGCCAUGAAUAUGCUUUCUGAGGCAGAAGAGAGGUACAAUGAUUUAAGGAAGAAAAAAAGAAUUGUAGAGAAUGACAAGUCUAAAAUUCUUGCAACUAUUCAAGAGCUUGACCAGAAGAAAAAUGAAGCUUUGCACAUUGCUUGGCAGAAGGUGAACAAAGACUUAGAGUCCAUUUUCUCAACAUUACUACCAGGAGGCAAGGUUCUGCUGGCAGCAAGUAACUCUCAGAAUAUCUUAGAAGGUCUGGAAUUCAGAGUGGCCUUAGGAAACGUAUGGAAAGAUAAUUUAUCAGAACUUAGUGGAGGCCAAAGGUCACUGGUGGCUUUGUCUUUGAUCUUAGCCAUGCUUCUUUUCAAACCUGCCCCAAUUUACAUCCUGGAUGAAGUGGAUGCAGCCCUUGAUCUCUCUCAUACCCAGAACAUCGGGCAGAUGCUGCAAAAUCACUUCAGACACUCCCAGUUUAUCGUGGUGUCCUUGAAGGAUGGGAUGUUUAACAAUGCAAAUGUCCUGUACAAGACCAAGUUUGUGGAUGGUGUUUCCACUGUCACAAGAUACGAGCAGUCUCAAAGCAGCAAAAAAGACGGCAACAAGAAGAAAAGGCAAAAAGCUGAGGAGUGUCCAUGCAAAACAACUUCGAGAAGAGCAGUGUUCUGCCGGGGCCCCACGCGGCUCCGUAAAGUGCCUCCGUGCAUCCGUGGAGCAGGACCGUCCCCGCAGGCGCCGCGCGGCCGCCUGGCGCCAUCCGGCCCCGCGCGGGAGCAGGGGCAGCCCAACACGACAAGGUGGAAAGUCAAACGUGCUUCUGGCUCCCAGCGCUGGUGGGUUUCCAGCGACUUCCUUGAGGGACAAGGGGGAUCUGAGCAACAUUCUCUUGCCUAUUUAAAGAAAAGAAAAUAUGCAUCUUCCUGA